GGCAUACACUUCGGACUACAACCCUAGCUCCCCAGUGAGCCGCCUCAUCCUCUUUUGUCCUCUUCUUUCCUUUACUUUCUCUCUCUUAUCUGUGCUAAACCCUAGCUAUUCCCUUUACUCGCCGUCAGAUUUUCUGUGGGUUCUGCUUCCCUUUCUUAUCGAAUUGUUUCGAUUUCGGUAUUGCUUUAGGCUUUAAGCCUUCUUCUUGUUUUUUAAUUGACUCGAAGUCGUAUUCCUGGUUAUUAGGAGUCUUGAAAGUUAUCAAAUCUGCUAAACCAUGUCGGACGAUGAAAGAGAGGAGAAGGAGUUGGAUCUCACUUCUCCUGAAGUUGUCACCAAAUACAAGAGCGCUGCUGAAAUCGUCAAUAAGUCGUUGCAGUUGGUAGUAUCAGAAUGCAAAGCAAAGGCUAAGGUUGUUGACGUUUGUGAGAAGGGAGAUGCAUAUAUCAGAGAGCAAACAGGUAACAUGUACAAGAAUGUGAAGAAGAAAAUUGAAAGAGGAGUUGCGUUUCCUACUUGCAUAUCCGUAAACAACACUGUUUGCCAUUUUUCUCCACUUGCUAGUGAUGAGACAGUGUUGGAAGAAGGCGAUAUAGUGAAGAUUGACAUGGGAUGUCAUAUAGAUGGGUUUAUUGCCGUAGUGGCGCAUACCCAUGUUAUUCAAGCUGGACCAGUUACUGGCAGGGCGGCUGAUGUUAUUGCAGCAGCAAAUACUGCUGCUGAAGUUGCCUUGAGGCUUGUAAGGCCAGGAAAGAAGAACAAAGAUGUGACAGAAGCAAUUCAGAAGGUAGCUGCUGCUUAUGACUGCAAAAUUGUUGAAGGUGUUCUUAGCCACCAACUGAAGCAGUUUGUGAUAGAUGGGAACAAGGUUAUCUUGAGUGUGUCUAAUUCAGAUACACGAGUUGAUGAUGCAGAAUUUGAAGAGAAUGAAGUGUAUGCAAUAGAUAUAGUUACAAGCACAGGAGAAGGCAAGCCUAAGCUGCUAGAUGAGAAGCAUACUACCAUUUACAAGAGAGCUGUGGAUAAGAAUUAUCACUUGAAGAUGAAAGCUUCCAGAUUUAUUUUCAGUGAAAUUAAUCAAAAAUUUCCUAUCCUGCCUUUCACUGCCAGAGCCUUAGAAGAGAAAAGAGCUAGACUGGGAUUAGUGGAAUGUGUGAAUCAUGAUCUUCUACAGCCAUAUCCUGUUCUUCAUGAGAAGCCUGGUGAUCUAGUUGCUCAUAUCAAAUUCACAGUUUUGCUCAUGCCAAAUGGGUCAGACAGGAUCACAUCUCAUCCUCUUCAAGAGUUGCAGCCAACCAAGCCAAUCGAUGAUCCUGAAAUCAAGGCCUGGCUAGCUCUGGGUACAAAAACAAAGAAGAAAGGUGGCGGAAAAAAGAAGAAAGCUAAGAAGGGUGACAAAGCAGAGGAGUCGACAGAAGCUGAGCCAAUGGAUGCAACAAGUGGGAAUGAUGGCCAAGAAUGAGCCUUGAUAUUUUCUGCCCAAUAUAUGAAUAUUUUUUUCAUUUUCCAAUUUUGGUAAUUUGUUCACCCCGUAUCUGGUUGCCUAUGAGAUGAAUUUAAUAGUGUCUUGGACGUCGAUCCUAAUUGGAUUUCUCUGCAUGUUGAAUCUCAUAAAACCCUUGUUCUGUUUGACA